GCAAGGCCUAUAUGUAGACUAUAUCACCUAUCUCUCUCUCUUUCUCCCUCCUGCCUCCCCGGCCUCUGCCCUCUGUAUAUAUACCUAGGUACCUGGCCUAAGUAUGCAGGUAUGCCAGUCUGUGCCUGUGCCUGCAACUGCGGCCCACGUACCUACCCUCGCAACCUCGCACUUCGCCCUCCUCCCUCAUUCGGCACACCUGCAGCUUCAGCUACGGCUCCAGAUCCCAUCAAUCGCACAUGAGCAUGCAGCCAGCCCUCCUGCCCCAUCCCGUCUCCAUUUAUCUAUCACUGCCCUGCCUGCCUCGACCGAGUCGCCUUGCGCCACACGCUGCCUCGACCCUGUCCUCGCUUCUCAUCCUCACACCCUCAACCCUCAACCCAUUCUUAUCCUGACCCAUCCUUUGGUGUGCGUCCCCUUUCUUCUGCUCUGCGCACUCCUGCCUUCUCUUCGCCUGCCCAAUACGUUUCCCACCGUCCUGCGACUAGCCUCCUUCACACGCGCCAUGCCACCCUCGCCUCUAUGAUAUCGUCCUCGCCUUCCAAUGAGUCCGCGCAAGAAACGACGAAUCAAUAUCCUCUGGCUACCAAAUGGAUUUUUUCCUCAUCCUGAUCGUCUUGUCUUGUUGAAGCACCGGUGAGGACUGCACAAGCACAGAACACCGGCAUCGGCCGAGUUAUUUCGUGUCUACCGUAAGGCCAACGUCAAGACAUCACCGAGCAGGGCUGGCCAAAGUUACCGCACUGCUAUUUGAGUUGGCUAGGUCUUCGUGAAGGUAUGCCAGGACUGCAUCCGAGGCAAGCUUUAGGUCGGCCGCCCACCCAAGACGCUGCAUACGUUUUCAUAGCGGGACCGGUCGACGACUGUGUUGCCAGCUGCGGCAAGACGAGAGCCAAGAUUUGAGGAAAAGAAACAAUACCGCCGAGGCCGCUGCUAAAAUACCUACGACGAGCCGGAGGUAUCCCGACUUUGACGCCGUCUCCUGAUUCCGUCCGUCGUCUUGGCGUUGCCGUGCGGCCGCCGGAAAGCCGGCCGUGCUAAGGCCCCAUGGCCUCCGAAAACCUCGGGCCUGCCUACCCAGUCGCCUCCGUUUCCCAGCUGGAUCGCGAUACUUCAUCCGCCGCCGCCGCCGCUCCCGAUCCCCUUUGGGGCCCAGGUUCUGGGUUGCCUGCCUCCUCUGCUUCCUUCAACGGGCCCGUCCGUAGCCACAGCCAGGGUCAGGCUUCAGUCUCUGUCUCCAGCCCUGCCCAUGACUACUCGCUCGACCCAACUAUCAGAGCUCUUCUUGACCAGCAGGCCGAGAUUGAGGCCAAAAUUGCUGCACUGCUUCCCCAAAAACACGGCCCGGACUUCAAGGUCGAGCUCGCAAUGCUGCGGCACAAGCUCAAAUCCCUGCGCGCUUUUGCCGACGAUAAUCAUAUAUCCGAUAAGAUUCCGGUCUUGUUUGAGAUCGAGGACGCCAGAGCACUCCAGUACCAGUGCGAGUGUAUCGAGACUGCUUGUCUAGAGCAAGGUCUAGACAUCCACGAGCAGAGGGUAAAUGUGGGUUUAAAAGUUUACUUCCGACACGAUGCUCCAGCUGGGUACGAAGCAUGGUUGGACCGGAAUCUGUCGUAUUGUGAUCCAAUUACUCGGGGCUGGCGAUUAAGUGGCAGCCUGCCAUCCAAGUCCCGCGGUCCCAAGUCCUUCAAGUGCUGGGAUGAAAGGUGCUAUCACUAUGUAUACGGGUUCCCGAGCCCAGAGGAGCGAGACCAGCACGGCAGGGACCAUAUGGUGUCUUCCAAACGAGAUUCCGGAUUGUCUGUCGGCGGCACACCACCGGUGAUACCUCACCACCUGCCCCAUCACCACAAGUACAGUCAUGAGUACCCGAAAACUUCGUCGCCCGUCUAUUUGCCGCGCCCUACUAGUGGCAGCUUGCAGGUCUCAACAUCUCCAUUUUCCGGACCUUCUCGCGACCCCAGAGACGCAUUUAGGUCCUACUCGUUCAUUUCGGAGCCCACAUCAUCAAAGAGAGAUCUGCGAGGCUCGGUCGACUCCGAAGUCGACCCUCUUCUCCCGCCUCUGAAGAGAAGUCGUGUUGGACAGUCCAGGCUAGAGUCCAUUGAGGAGCUUAGAUUGCUGCGCGAUGUUCAGCCAUGCCUCCGGUGCAAGAUCGCGAGAAAAGGAUGCGACUCAAAUGAUCCAUGCUCCUUUUGCCUGGACCAGAUUGAUCCUCCCUCUGGUAGCUUCUGGGCUGUCCUUGGUUGUCAUCGAGGACCUCUCAGCGCUUUUGCUGAGACUAUGGUGCCAAUAUCUAUUUCGCCGCGGCAAAGCCACACUCCACUUCCCUCUCCGCUUGUGCCAAGGCGAAACAUGAACGAAUACCUCGAACAAGCAUACCGAAUCAAUCCUGAUGUACUGUGUCUGGUGCAGUACAACCUCGAUUUCAACGAUGGCUUUUGGUGGUCCGAAGACCUUUCAAAAUUAUCGCCAUCCAGCAAAUCCGUGUCGUCGUUCCAUCGGGAGCCAGUCGAGAGGCCACCACCGUUAUUGUCAGUCUUUGCCGCCAGUUGGAACAUGACCGAGACGACGUAUAAUUUCUGGAAGCUACUUAGGCUGAGCAGGUAUAUGUCGCCAGAUAGGGAAGCGGAGGCCACGGCAUUUCCGGUGCUUUACCGGGCCAAGUUGCUGCUAAGGGAGGUCUUGUUUUACGACCUGCAACAAGCGGAGCCCUCAAUACAUGCAGAAGCAAGUUUCUUGCAGACACGCGCUAACUGCGAUGAUUCUACCAACCAUGGAAGAUAUCGUUUGCUGUACAACUGCAUGACUGACUUCCUGCAGUCAUUUGAGAACAGCACACUGAGCGGCAACCCUAUUGAUCCGAGGACCUGGGUCUCCAUCUUCGUUUCAUUGUGUGUUUUCAGCGUCGUGCGGACUGUGCUUGUUGAUAUUUCUUCCUCCGGAUCGAGGCCCAGUCCUCUGUCCGGCUCCACCACGGUCUCGACCACUGCAGCUAUGAUAAGUGUCUACAAGGCACUGGUCAGUGUAUUUGACUCUGCUUCGCCAAUGAUGCUCGACGACUAUCAUCUGGCUAUGAGCGAUGACGAUCGCGCGCUUUUCGACCUGCUUUACGACAUUACGAAGAAAGAAUCCUGGAACGAGCAACGCCUGGCAUCGACCAAACAGUUCUUGCUGCUACUAGGCGACAUGGGUAACAACGACAUGUUCGCGAACGGAUUCAUCAGGCAAAGAACAGCUAGUCUUCGACCCGGGGGGGCCGCAACGACAUCCAUACCUGGUUCUGGAGAGGAUCCCCGGCGCCCUCUGGCGGAAAUCCGCCCUAAUGGCGAGCAUUGGAGCGCGAAUGGCGGGUUUCCGGGAGGGACCGCAUUCGCUCCUCGACUCUAUUCUGAUCCGUCAAUGAUAUCCCCGCAAUCGACAAGCCCAGCACGAAGACACAGCGUUGCGGAAAGCCCGAUGUUUCGCGGGGGAGGUACGGGACUGACGUCCCCGAUUCCCGCGCCUAGGAUUAGACCGUCCUACCAACGCCCGCCACUUCGCAGGGUCUACUGCACGAAGUGUAAUGAGUACCCCGAGGGGUUUCGAGGCGAGCACGAGCUUCGAAGGCACAAUGACGCCAAGCACGCCGCUCUUGUGAAGCGAUGGGUGUGCUCUGAACCACAUGUCUACAGCCCUAACUCACCACAGCCGGUGGUCCCUCUGUCCAAGUGCAAGGCUUGCGUCACCCAGAAACGCUAUGGUGCCUAUUACAAUGCAGCAGCUCACUUGCGAAGAGCCCAUUUCAAUCCUCACAGGGGUGGUAAGGCGAGCGGGGACUGGCCACCGAUGACAAUUUUGAAGGAUUGGAUGAAGGAGGUCAGACAGUCGGUGGAUAUCAACGAUCAAGAUUCCGACAGUGGUGAGGACGACGGCGACUUCAAGCAGCGAUCCGAAGCCAUAUCACCGCGAAGCGGCCGCCGGUCUCCAGUCCUGGAAGUCCCACGACUUGCUCCAGCGCCUCCCUCAUCAGGCCAUGGUCUUUCUGUUCAUCUCAUGGCCCCGCAACGAGCUCCUCUCAUGGGGGCACCGUUUCUGGACAUGCCACCGCUUGCUACGUCGGCAACAAUCAACUUUCAAACAAGUCCGAUCCAGGGUAGCACCACGAACUUUUCCAACAUUGCAAGCGUAAACAGGCUCGAUGAGGUGCCUGCUUCGAACCGCAACCGAUGUCCACACCCACAGUGCGGACGGGUUUUCAAAGACCUCGCAGCCCAUAUGCUAACUCACAUGGAAGAAAGACCAGAAAAGUGUCCGAUCGAGACAUGCGAGUAUCAUACAAAAGGAUUCGCCAGGAAGUACGACAAGAACCGGCAUGCAUUGACUCACUACAAGGGCACCAUGGUUUGUCCAUUUUGUCCUGGGCCUGGGACUGCGUACGAGAAGUCCUUCAACCGUGCCGAUGUCUUCAAGAGACACUUGACGGCUGUUCACAAUGUCGAACAGACACCGCCGAACAGUCGCAAGCAAUUGGCUAUCAGCAGCUCCUCAUCCGCAGCAUCGUCAAGAGAUGGAGGUGCAGCUCUGUCGCGCGGAACGACCAGCGCAGGGGCAACUGCAAAAUGCUCCAUCUGUCACACCCAGUUCUAUACGGCUCAAGAUUUCUAUGAGCACUUGGACGAUUGCGUCCUCAAUGUCAUUGUGCCGUCGACAACUCCACGGUCCGCGACAUCAGCUGCGGCUCCUACUACUGGUGCCAUGAGCAACACAAGUAGCACUGUCUCGAGCAGUGCUGCGACCAGUGCUACAACCAGUGUAGGGCAAGAUUCCGCCCUUCUCCGGACGCCGACGACUGCGGGCUCGGUGCAGGAGCAGGAUCUCGACUUCCGAUACAAUAACCUCCGUGGGGUUGAAUCAGGGGCGACUUCGGAUGACAAUCGGGGCAAAAGACGGCGCGGCUCUGACACUGACGGAGCGAUGACCUCUCCCCAGAUGCUGCCCGCACCGUACCAAACCUCCAGUCCUGCUGAACAGAAUGAACAAAAAGAUGACUCCUGUGACAAGAUCGAGAACAUCGAACAAGAUGAUGCUCGAUCUUCACGUGGUGGCUCGACUUCUCAAUCGGAAAGACGCGAAGAUACGGGGCCAGCCACGGAGGAACGACCUCGCGUGCUGGCGGUUGAGGUUAAGCUUGGGUCGCCGUUCUCACCGGAAAGGCCCAAUACAGAAGAACCGUGAUCUGGGCUCCGGGGUAAUGCCCGGCAUAAAUAUGCCACCCGCGGCUUAUCCCAUUUCUAUUUCUUAUGUUCCCCUCGACAAGCCUUCGAGCACUUGGCUAUAUGGUUUAUUAUUUUUUCCGCCGUUGCCAUCGUCUCUUUCCUGUACGUCAUGGGCGUUUGGGCAAGACGUCUGAAGCUCUUCAUGCGUUCUUCGGCGCCAGAUACUACUGUCUGUCGUUUCCUAUCUUAGAAGUCACUUAGGCAAAGGCACGGACCGAUGAUACCACGGCUGAUGAUAAUGUGGGAGGGUUAGAUAGAUUUGUGAAAUGAAAAAACCAACAAUGGGUUCGAGGUCA